CACAGCAGCCGGGAUGCUCAGGGUCCCCGAGCCGCGGCCCGGGGAGGCGGAGGCGGCCGGCGGCAGCCCCGGGGCCGCGCCGCCGCUCCAGUCCAAGCCGCUCACCUCCUUCCUCAUCCAGGACAUCCUGCGGGACCCGGGGCCCCCGCGCCAGCCUGAUCCGAGGUGCGACCCAGAGCCAGAGUCAGGCGAAGGAGGAGGCCGCGCCCGGACGCCAACGGACGAGCUGAGCUCCGGGACCCGCGCCGCGCCCGGGGAGGCCGACAUGCCGGCAGAGACCGAGCCAGAUAGGCACUUUGGGACUUAUCUAUUGGACUGUGAAGACACUCCAGGCGCCUUACCAAGCCUUCCCCAGACCCCCAAGCAGCCGCAGAAGCGCUCCCGAGCUGCCUUCUCCCACACUCAGGUGAUCGAGUUAGAGAGGAAGUUCAGCCAUCAGAAGUACCUAUCAGCCCCGGAAAGGGCUCACCUGGCCAAGAACCUUAAGCUCACUGAAACCCAAGUGAAAAUAUGGUUCCAAAAUAGACGCUAUAAGACGAAGCGAAAGCAGCUCACUUCUGAUCUGGGAGACUUGGAACAGCACCCCUCCUUGCCAGGCCUGAAAGAGGAGGGCUUCUCCCGAGCCUCCCUGGUCACCAUGUAUAACAGCUACCCCUAUUACCCCUACCUUUACUGUGUGGGCAGCUGGAACCCAGCUUUCUGGUAAUGCCAGCUCAGAUGACAACCACGUAUGAUCAAAAACUGCCUUGCACAGGGGGUCUCUCUACAAAGGAAAAGGGGCCAAGAUCAGGUAGCAACAGGGAGCCAGAGGUGUGCAGACCAAAGCCGUUGGUGGUUUGCGUGGAAAUCCCAGAGUCCUCACUAGUGGGCCAAUGUCAGAUCUAGGACAGUGAAUGUUUUAAUAUCUAAAUAGUUCCCCCGAUGCAUACUGUAGAUCAUUUUUGCUUUCGGCUACCUGUUUGAAGGGAGAGAAAAUCAAGCGCCAUCUCCAGCACUCUGUAUGAUUGUGGAUGAGUGGUCCAACAGCUCCUGAGGAUCCUUUUUCUGCGCUCCAUCCUCUAGGAGACCUGAGCAGCAACUCUGAGAGGGCAAACUUAGAGGGAGAAAGGACAGCCAAGACUCAGAUGUCACCUGCUGAGUUAAACUUUUUAUUGGCCUUGAAAUAUGGCCAAGGUUUCUUUCUGUCCCUGUAAAAGAGGGGAAACAGAGGGUCUCAAAGAGGAAGCCCUUAUGCUCGGUACAGAUUGCCAUGGGAGAUAGAGCAGGGUGGGAGGAGAUGAAAAUAUCAGCUUCCUUUGAAAAUAGUAUGCCAAUUUAAGUAUUCACAGGGUGGCCCGAAUAGAACAAGAUGCACUCACUGUGGUUUUAAGACAAGCUGUAUAAACAGAACUCUACUGCAACAGGUGGGGUCAUGCCAGAAGAAUCUCUGUAUGUGCAAGACAGGGGCCUAACUAGAGUCUCCACACUAAUGCUGGGGGCCACUGCAAUUUUAAUUAGCAAAAGGUAGAAUGGCCUCUUCUGAACUGUUUGUUGUGUCCUAGGCUGAAGAAUUUAGAAUCAAACGUUUCCUGGAGUUUCAUAUUCCAUAAUUCAUACUCUAUAAUUCCAUACUCUAUAAUUCAUACUAUAUCAUGACAGAUAACUUAAUUCUCUACCAUGGGUUCUUCCUUCCCUUUUAUUUUUAUUUUUAAUUUAUUUUUUUUCCUACAUUAAUCACCCACUAAAGGGCUUCAUGUCAGUCAAGACUUUUUGUCUGGCUACACCUAAUAUUCACCUUCCUUAUUUAGCCUGAGAUCUGGUCUUCCCUUUUUUUUCUUUCCUCCAAAGCUUUAUCUUUCCUAGGUUAAAAAAAAAUUAGGGGGGCAGAUUCUGAAUUGGCUAAAAGACACACAUUUUUCAAACUAGCAACUCUUAUUUCUUUCCUUUAAAAAUAUACGGCAUUAAAUCUCAAAUCCUAUUUAAAGACCUGACAGCUCCAGAAGGUCACUGCUGCUUUUAUACGACUUUCUGGUGGCUCUGUUGUUACAAUCAAAGUCUGGCAACCUUUGAGAAUCUCUGCAGACAGGCAGAGGAGGUAAGAGGUGUGGGGUUUUCACAUAGAAGGGAGAACACAGUGCAAAUGAAGGGCCGGUGUCACUAAGCUGUCUCUAGUGGAAGUAGAGGGCUUGGGGCAUGGGCAGGGAAGAAAACGCAGCCCAGGCCUUACCUAGUUCAAGUGAAGGGGCUGACAGCACUUUUCAGGAAGAGGCUCACAGGAAAAGGAAAAUGGUUUCAAAACACAACAUUACCGUGGUUUCCAUCAGAAAAUAAAGCAAAAAACUAUCUAAAUGUUUCAGGAACUGUGUUUCAUGCCUAUCAGGGGUCCCCAAUCAGAAUGAGCAGAGAGCAAAGAAGACAUCUGGCUGUCCUUCCAAGUCCAUUCUAUUAUCUCAGGUGACCUGGUCGAGGGGAGACAACAGCAACAAAAAAAUUACUAAUGGGAUAGCCCGAGGACUGGAAGUCUCUUGAUCCCACUGCUUAAUUCUGUUUAGUGAGAAACUUUCCAAUUUUCUCCUAGUAAAAGGGCAAAUUUACUGUUGGUGGCAAAACUGCCAAGGUCAGUCAAUAGAAAGUUGGCCAUUUUCACCCCAUUUUUCUAUGGUUUGGGCUCUGUGUUGAAUUACUGUUCAAUGUCUCAUGCUGCUGACACCCACCACAGUACUAGAUAGUACAAAAGGCAGAGUGUCCUAAAUUGCUUUCUCCUUUUUACACAUCUUUUAAAAUAAAUGUUCAGUGCUCAGUCUCUACUCAGUACUUUUUCUUUCUCCACCUCUGAAUUUAAUUCUUUCAAUCUGCAAUUCUGUAAGAAUUAAACAUUUUACUGUGAUGUAGAUUGUGUUGCAAAAAAAAAAGGUCUUUGUUUAAAUUUAUUUGGUUUGUAAAUCCAUCUUGCUUUCCCCCGUUGGAACACUCAUUGACCUAUAUCUGAACCUAUAUCUAAAACCAUUUGAAGAAAUAGCCUAUAUCUGACAGAUGAACUGGACAGUGCACUGAACCAUUUCACCCAGACAGCCUGUUUCUGUCCCGUCUGAUAAAUUAAUCUGAGUUCUCACCAUGCAUAACCAACCCUGCUUGGAUCUGUACAUAAAAGCCUGUGACUUGAAGUUUAGUAAAGUGCCCCCACCAAACUUUAUUUUUCUAUGUAUUUUUUGCAACAUAUGAGUGUUUUUAAAAUAAAGUAUCUAUGUCUUUAUCAGA